AUCAUCAGACCUCAACGUGGCUCUACGUGAAUGUAUGGCAGCUCUGGAUUUAUUUCUUAACAACAAGUUCUCGGAUGCUUUGGCUUCUCUACAAGCAAAAACUAAAGACAGCAUGUAUCAUGCCCUGACUUAUGCCACCAUACUGGAGAUGCAAGCUAUGAUGACAUUUGAUCCUCAGGACAUACUGAAUGCAGGGAACACAAUGAAGGAAGCUCAAGCCACCUGUCAAAGAUUUAGGAAGAAAUCUACUGUAGCUGAUUCUUUCAACAACCUUGUGCAUAGGCAAAGCCUUGAACACUUCACUGAAGAGGAAAUCCAUGCAGAAAUUUGUUAUGCUGAAUGUUUACUUCAGAGAGCAGCACUCACAUUCCUCCAGGAUGAGAAUAUGGUCAGCUUCAUAAAAGGAGGCAUCAAAGUCCGCAACAGUUACCAAACCUACAGGGAGUUGGACAGUCUCAUACAGUCCCCACAUUAUGUCAAAGGAGAGAACCAUCUUCAUUUUGAGGGAGGUGUAAAACUUGGAGUUGGAGCAUUUAACCUGACAUUAUCCAUGUUUCCUGCACGGAUUCUGAGAUUACUGGAGUUUGUUGGAUUUUCUGGGAAUAAGGAACAUGGUCUGCUGCAGCUUCAAGAGGGAGCAUCAUCAUACAGCUUUAGGUCGGUGCUGUGUACCAUGCUGUUGCUUUGCUAUCAUACUUUCAUGACCUUUGUGCUAGGGACAGGAAAAGGAAAUGUUGAGGAGGCAGAAAAACUACUUAAGCCUUACUUGGCACGCUAUCCAAAGGGAGCCAUAUUCCUGUUUUUUGCAGGCAGGAUAGAAACACUAAAGGGUAAUAUUGAUGCGGCAGUCAGUAGGUACGAGGAGUGCUGUGAAGCUCAGCAGUACUGGAAGCAGUUCCAUCACAUGUGCUACUGGGAGCUGAUGUGGUGCUUCACCUACAAGCGCCAGUGGAAGAUGGCUUUUUUCUACGCAGACCUGCUGAGCAAGGAGAACACUUGGUCCAAGGCUACUUACAUUUACAUGAAAGCUGCUUAUCUCAGUAUGUUUGGACCAGAUGACUGCAGUCCUUUUGGAGACAGCGAAGUUGAAUUAUUUAGGAUUGUUCCCAGCCUGAAACUGAAAAUUGCAGGGAAAUCUCUGCCCACAGAAAAGUUUGCAAUUCGGAAAGCACGACGGUAUCUCUCUUCAAACCCUGUUCCUUUGCCUGUCCCGCCUUUGGAAAUGAUGUAUAUCUGGAAUGGCUAUGCUGUAAUUGGAAAAUGUCCCAACUUAACAGAAGGCAUGUUAGAGACUUUAAAUGAAGCAGAAGAAGCAUUGGCAAGAAGUUCAGCUACAGAACUACUGGCAGAUGACCGGUGUGUGAUCAAGCUGUUAAAGGGAUUAUGCUUCAAGCAUUUGGGCAAGAUCUCAGAAGCAGAAGACCACUUUAAUUACAUCUAUUUAAAUGAGAAGAAGAUAAAAUAUGACCAUUAUCUAAUUCCAAAUGCCUUGCUGGAGCUGGCAAUACUGUAUCUGGACCAGGAUAGAAGAGAAGAAGCAAUAAAACUUCUGGAAAAAGCAAAACAAAACUACAAGAAUUACUCCAUGGAAACAAGGACACAUUUCAGAAUUCAAGCUGCCCUGCACCAAGCCAAAUCCGCCCCAGAAAAUGGAAUGCACUGUGGAGCCUCAGCAGUAUCGUAACUUUAUCUUCUUUGAUGUUCUGUUUGUUGCAAACUUUGGUGCAGAAGAUUACUGACACUUUAAAAUUAUUUUUCCUUCUCUUUCAAGCCAGUGAAAAACCAAAUAACUUAAAGUUUCAAAGGUGAUGCAUAAAACAUUAAUCUAGUGUAAUAACAUGGCAAAAAAAUCUCUCAAACCAACCAUAACCUUGAAAAAUAUUGUUUUUCCAAGAGUGUUUUUUUGACACUUACACACACCUGCAUCUGUGAAAUUCAUUUUUCAAUUGUGUGCCUUUUUCUUGCAUUCACAACAUUAUGUUGUAGCUUGCUUAGUGAAAGGGGAACAUUUGAAAAGAAAAACAGAAAAACUUUAAGAUUUCCAGAUUUAAUCUCAGUUCGUUCUGAAUGUCUAUUUGGAUCCAUACUGCUAGCAGCUGAGAAGGAAGCAUUGCUUUUUCCCAGUACCCACUUAGUUGGAAUGGUGGGAGAAAAUCUCACAGCAGGGAGGAGCUCUGGAUCGUGGGUACAUCUAGUUGUGCACAGAAAGCUUCUCUUUACCAGCUCCUACCAGUCACAUUUUUGCUUCUGUAAGAACCCUGCUGAUGAAAAGAAUGGUCUCCCUUAUGCAAGUACCUUGACUUUUUCUUUAGUUUGGUUUUCCUGUCAAGUCUGCUGCUUGUAGCAGCUGAAUUAAUUUGCUGAGGAUUGCAGGGGAAAAGGUGGUGAUGGCAUAAAACUGCAUCACUUCUUUGACAGUGGGAAUUCUUAGGAAAUGUCUUUUGUCAGAUGAGCAUGAUCUGAAGCUUAUGUCAAAUUGAAAGCACAAGUCCUUGAAGGUCAUUUAGGAAAUGGCAACACUGCAGUGGCUGGAGCAAUACAGGAGUUACUGUGACAGUGCAGCCCUUCCUGCAGUGACUGCUCUUGGGAUUCCCAAGCUGAGAUGUCCCUGUUGCACAAGGCUGAUGUUCCCUGUGGGAGGAAGCUAGGGCUGGAGCAGGCUCCCUUAGCACAAAGGACAGCCCCUUAUCCUUCUGCUCUUUAUGGAUCUUUUGGGAAAUUUUCUGUGUAAGGGGCUUUGAGAAUAGAGCAGUGAGCUGGGUCUGCUUUCCAAUGCUGCCAUGGAGUUCCUGCUUUGCUGGAAAACUGGUGAAGUCAGUGGUACCACAGCUUUGCCUUGUGUUUGCUGUUCUCCAGGCUAGCUCCAUGUCUGUAUGCCUCUGGGGUUUUGGGACACACUUCUACCUCCCUUUUGAAAGAGCUUCUUCCCCAUUACCCAUUCUGAUGGGUGGAGAUGGGAGGUCUUCUGACAGCCCUUUUUCUCCAAUGGAGACGUUUGUCAGGAGGAUUCAUAUCUAUGUACCUCACAGUGCAUAUACUUUCUAAAGUGAUUGUUCCCAGCAGAAGAGAAAAAUGACAGUUUAUAGCUCUGCAUUUGCCUCCUCAAAGGAAAUAAAAUUGUUUUAUAACUGUAGAAUAAUAUGCAAGGAGACAGAACCACCAGUUGCUCAACACGGAGAACUUGCAUUGUCUUAAAAAUAGAUGCCCUUUAUAAAAGUCUUUGCAAGUUAAAAAUCAUAGAAGAAGAAUGCAUUUUUUAAAGUAACUUUCUCAGAUAAAUUAAGUUCUGAUAAAUUUCUUGAUUCAGAUAAAAUUCAGUAUAAACAGUUAUGCUAUUUACAUGCUGCACAUCAAAACUUCAGUGUAAAAAUUCAGUCAUUCUUUGUAUAGAAUAAAAAAAAUUUCUUGUUCUACUUCAUGCA